AUGACUGGUGCCGUGCGGGAGGGGGCGCUGAGCACCUGGUUCGAAGGCCUGGCUGCCGAACCCGCUUUGGGGCAGCUGGAGCUGCGCAAGCUUGGCCAAGAUACCCUCUCCUCGCUGGUUCUCGAUGCGGAGUUUGGAGCCAGUACCCCAAGGCUGGGACCCGCAUCGGAGCCCCGGUCACUGAACUCGGCGGCGAGCAUCCGCCGGCCAGAUAGUCGGCUACCCUCGAUACGGCGGGCCUUUGGUCGGCGAACCCGGAAGGCGCUGCUGGAAUCCUGUCCGCCAUGUACGCGCGACCUCUCCGACGUGUCAGUGGACAAGAUCUCAGAGGACCUGCAGCGUGUGCGCCUGGACCUCGCCGCAGUGAAAGCAGGGAAGCAUCUGCAACGCCAGCAAGGCCGGAACCAAUCGGCCGAGAAGCCGACGGGAAGGGCCCGGACGGUACGGCCCAAGGACCCAGGUGCAGAAGAGCACGGCCGCUACCUAGCGAAGCUGAAGGGCAUCGCUGCCGAGCUUCUGACAGCCUUUGAUGCCAAUGGUGACGGCUUGUUGGAUGUCCAAGAGGCGGGGAAGCUCUUUCGCCGCCUGGCCGGCCGCAAAGCGCAAGGCACUCACGCCCCGAUGCCUGUGGAGCGAGGUGCCCUGAGCCACCUGGAAGGGGGAUCUGGGCUCGGAGAGAGCGAGCUGGUGCAGCUGGUGCACCUCGGGGGAGGUGCCUUGGGGCACGUCUCUCAAACCCAGGGCCGCUACUGCGCCGACCACCGACCCUUCUCACGCCCGGAAGCCGUGACUUGCCGGCUGCCGGAAACGGAGGCGCCGGCCAAGCCUCCGGCGCUGGUGCCGAAACCACCCCCCGCAAAGUUCGGGGAGCCGCCGCCCUGGCAGAGCCGGGCGCGGGUGCUCCAAGGCCCACUGCGAGGCCGCAAGAGCCACCGGGAGCAGCUGAGAGACGAGCUACGGUGUCAGCCAGGGCCACCGGCUGGAUCUGCUUUGAAUGACAAUGUCGUGCUGGCCCAGGUUGGCAAGGCCGUGCGAGAUGGAGAUGCUGCUGCGCUGUCCGCUUUAGUCAAAGCCAACAGCCUCUGGGCUGAGCCAAAUCCGUCCGUCAUUUCCAUGGAGCUCCAGCAGAAGCUUGCAACAGGCUGCUAUCGAUUUCCGUUGCUCUUCACGGCUGCCUACUCUGGAGCCCAUGCGGUCUGGCAGCUUCUUCUUCGAGAGAUCAGCAGCCAGCCACAGGCUCUCACGGAAGACGUGGAAGGUUGGACGCUGCCGAUGGUGUUGUGUGUGGCCCCUCCUGCGCCCUUCAGCGAGAAAGACAGCAAGAAACUCCUGUGCAAUCUGCUGGAGGUUGUAGGCCAGGAGGCCCACAAACGGCGCUCGCUUCUGGCGCAGUGCCUGCUCCUUCCACAGGAUGACCACUGGGAGGGCGAUGCGGCGGUCCAGCCGCUGCAUCUGCUACUGGAGCGUGAGAACUGGUCGGAGUUGGUGGCCUUCCUGGUCGAGGCUGGCGGAGGCUUCCCACACGACGAGGCGCAACCGCGCAUGGCACUGGUCAGCGCAGUCCUGGCAGAGCGUGGGCUCCUGGGAGAUUUCGUGGCCGCCUGCGCCCAGGGCGGCGACGUGCCGAGACCACAGACGCAAGCAUUCGCAGGACUCUACCUGGGCAUCCUCAAGAACUGCGUGCCCUGGGUCCAGUGCCUCAGUGCUCUCCAGGCGCUGCUGAAAGCAGGGCUCGCACCCUCUGAGCCGCUGACGCCCUCCAGGGAGACCUGGCCUCUGCAUGCCGCUGGGCGGCACAAUUGCCGCGCUGCCGCCCAGGUUCUGCUUGUUGCCAAAGCCGAUCCCUUUGUGCGCAACGCGCGUGGCCAGACUGCCCUGGACGUCGCCAAAGCGAACAGGUCUUGGGCCACAGCGGCCCUGAUCCGCCGGGCUGCGCAGAGCGACAGGGCCAGCGACGGCCUUAUUCUGCGAGUGGCUCAUGCCUUGGCGAAACAUGUGGAGGACGUCCAUGCCGAAAGGGUAGCGGCGGACAUCAAUCUGGUAGCCAAUGCUCUGGUGACCCAUCUGGAAACCGUAGAGGCACAAAAGGAUCUGGUGGCCAGCGCUCUCGUGACCCACCUGGAAGCCGUGGACGCGCGGAAAGCUGCCGAGGGUGCUUCGGACAUUGACUUGCAGGAGGCCGUGAUACAAGAACACGAGGACGCCGCCACGAAGAUAGUGGCGAGUGCCCUGGCUGGCCUGCUUGGCACUUUUUCCGACGAAUCUUCAAGGAGAGAAAGCAUCCCAGAGCACGAGGCUGUGGAGAGCGAUCACACCGACGCUGCAAACGUUCAAACGGUCGCGCGAAUAUUGGCCGGGCUUGUCACGGCAGCAGAGUCGGACGUUGGUUCCCUGAUGGGCCAGUUGGAGGAAGCCGCGAGUGACAGCAUCCAGCAUGAGGCUGUGGAGAGCGAGCACACCGACGAUGCAAACGUCGAAACAGUGGCGCGUGUACUGGCCGGGCUCGUCACGUCGGCAGAGUCGGACGUCGGCUCCCAGGAGGAGGCAGCAAGCGACAGCAUCCAGCAUGAGGCUGCGGAGAGCGAGCAUACCGACGAUGCAAAUGUCCAAACAGUGGCAUGUAUACUGGCCGGGCUUCUCGCGGCAGCAGAGCCGGACGUUGGCUCCCCCAUGGAAGCCGCCCGCGACAGCAUCCAGCAUGAGGCCGUCGAGAGCGAGCACGCAGACGAGGCAAAUGUGCAAACGGUGGCCCGCGUGUUGGCCGGUCUCGUCACAGCAGCGCAGCGAGAUGUGGGGUCCUUGGUGCAGGUGGAGGAGGCUACGCACGACAGCCUCCAGCAUGAGGCCACUGAGAGCGAUCGAGCCGACGUGGCGCGCGUCGUGGCCGGGCUCGUCACGUCAGCAGAGUCGGACGUUGGCUCGUUGGUGCAGGAAGCCGCCCGCGACAGCAUCCAGCAUGAGGCUGUCGAGAGCGAGCACACCGACGCUGCCAACGUCCAAACCGUAGCACGUGUACUGGCCGGGCUUGUCAAGGACGCAGGCGAGUCGGCGGCGCGAAGGGUGUCCGAACAGGAGGAGGAACCUGUGGAGCGCUCCGGAAACACGGAGGACCUCAAGGCUUGGAGCAGCUUUGAUGAGCAGAGCGCCGUGGCAGAGGUGGUGGAGGCCGUGGAGGCGAUGGCGGAUGAAGCGGCAGCUUCCGGAAUUUAG